CAAUAUGGCAACCUCGCAAUGUCUAUAGGUGCAUAGCAUCGUGCUCUCAUUCAUAACCUCCUGCGUUUCGAAAUGUUUUUGAGUUGACAAAUUAAAAACAAAGUGUUUAUUCAUGAAAAAGGAUGUUCUUAAAACUAAAAGAAGAAUUGCGAUGAAUAUAUAUAAAUUACUAAACAGUCAAAAAUUAAUUGGAACAUUUUUAGACCGAACGAGUCGCAAAAAACUUACUUUUAUCUAAAAACUGGCAAUGUUUUUUAUUUGAAUAUAAGCAGUAAAGUAGUAAUAUUAAAAUGAGUUAUAACAAAAAAGUUUCGUACUUUUAUAAUCCUGAUGUAGGAAAUUUUCAUUAUGGCCCCGGACAUCCAAUGAAACCACAUAGACUUUCGGUCAUUCACAGUUUAGUCCUAAACUAUGGAUUGCAUAAAAAAAUGCAAAUUUACAGACCUUAUAGAGCUAGUACGCAUGAUAUGUGUCGCUUUCAUUCUGAUGAAUACGUGGAAUUUUUACAAAGGGUUACGCCCCAAAAUUUACAAGGAUAUACAAAAUAUCUGUCUCAUUUUAAUGUUGGUGACGAUUGUCCAGUUUUUGAAGGUUUAUUUGACUUUUGCUCCAUGUACACUGGGGCAUCCUUGGAAGGUGCUACAAAGUUGAACAAUAAGAGCUGUGACAUAGCGAUAAACUGGAGCGGCGGCCUACAUCAUGCCAAAAAGUUUGAAGCUUCAGGAUUUUGUUACAUCAAUGACAUUGUCAUUGCUAUUUUAGAGCUGCUUAAGUAUCACGCGCGUGUCCUAUAUAUUGAUAUCGAUGUACACCACGGCGAUGGUGUUCAAGAGGCAUUUUAUCUAACCGAUCGAGUUAUGACAGUGUCAUUCCAUAAAUAUGGCAAUUACUUUUUCCCAGGAACGGGAGACAUGUACGAAAUUGGUGCAGAGAGUGGUAGAUAUUACUCGGUGAAUGUGCCUUUGAAGGAAGGUAUCGACGACGCUUCGUAUGUACAAGUUUUCAAGCCUUGCAUAUCUCACGUUAUGGAGUUCUUUCAACCUACUGCGAUAGUAUUGCAGUGUGGAGCAGACUCCCUAGCUAAUGAUAGGCUAGGUUGUUUCAGUCUCAGCACAAAAGGACACGGAGAAUGCGUUAGAUUUGUUAGAGAUCUUAAUGUACCACUUUUGACAGUAGGCGGCGGUGGUUAUACUCUGAGAAAUGUAGCAAGAUGUUGGACUUACGAGACUUCUCUUCUUCUUGAUGAACAGAUAAGCAAUGAAUUACCCCUAACCGAAUACAUAGAGUAUUUCGGACCGGACUUCACACUCCAUCCAGAGGUGGUUACAAGGCAGGAUAAUGCUAAUAGUAAGCAAUAUCUGGAGGCUAUUACCAGACAUGUUUACGAUAACCUAAAAAUGAUACAACACUCGCCUAGUGUGCAAAUGCAGGAUGUCCCGUGCGAUGCUCUGCCAGCGGAGGAAGAUAGACAACCCGAGCCUGAUCCUGACUCUAGGCAGAAUCCUCAGGACAUGGAUAAGAUUGUUGAGCCUGCCAAUGAGUAUUAUUCGGGUGAUAAGGAUCAAGAUAAAAUGGACACAGCCGAUACAUAAUCUUAUGAGGCUUUUUGUGAACUGUGUUGUGAAAAUGAUAAUUACUUUUCAAAGGAUGAAAGAGAAAAACAAAAAUCGAUCAGCGUUUUGUUCUAAAUUAUUGUCAUGUUUUUUUAUUCAAAAUUCUCUUUAGACUUAUUUACUUUUGUAAUGGAAUCAUCUCAAGUUUAGUAUAACAAGAGUU